AUGGUGACGCCUCGAUGUAAUUUUCCUGAUUUGGUCAAUGGAACUCCCAUCAAGCAAGGGGUGAAGUUAGUUCAGAACCCCUUUAACAAUUCCUACUACGCGUUUUUGGGAUCAAGGUGGCCUAUGUCCAAGUACAAUCUAACAUGGGAUAUUGCAGAUUCCAAAAUAAAAUCAAAGGCUAUUACACCCCUUACUUUGGCAUUUAAGAAAUGGGAAGAUGAUUCCGUGCUUAGUUUUAGGAGAGCUUCUUCAUUUAAAAGUGCGGAUGUGAAAAUAAAGUUUUUUCGCUUCGAAGGGAAAGACACAGCUCACGCAUAUCCUCCGCCUUCUGGGGAGCUCAAUUUCAACGCAAAAUUUUCUUGGGGGGACGGGACAAAGCCUGAUAGGAUGGACCUUGAAUCAAUUGGUCUGCAUGAGAUAGGACACAUCCUUGGUCUUGACCACAGUUCGGAUCUAGAUGCUGUAAUGUGGCCAUAUUUAAAGGAGGGCAUGAUCAAAAGGGUCUUGAAUUUUGAUGACUUGCUUGGAAUUCACAUUUUGUAUGAAUAA